AUGCUGAAAGCGACACUGUUGGCAGCCCUGUUAGCUGUUGCUGCGGCACAGACUGCAGUCAACCAGUUUCCGGAAGGUUUCCUUCUAGGGACCGCCACAUCUGCUUACCAGAUCGAAGGAGGCUGGAAUGAAGAUGGCAAGGGCGAGAAUAUCUGGGACUACAUGCUCCACGAACAUCCGGAGUACGCAACGAAUGGUGACAAUGGUGAUGUGGCCUGCGACUCGUACCACAAGUACCAGGAGGACGUGCAGAUGCUGAAGGCGCUCAACGCGGAAGUGUACCGCUUCUCCAUCUCUUGGGCGCGCGUCCUGCCCACUGGAGACGUUGACGUCAUCAACCAGCCAGGCAUCGACUACUACAACAACCUCAUCGACGAGCUGCUGGCAAAUGGAAUCCAGCCCAUGGUGACGAUGUACCACUAUGACCUACCGCAAGCACUGCAGUACAUCGGUGGAUGGCCAAACCCACUCCUCGCCGACUAUUUCGUGGAGUACGCCAGAGUGCUGUUUGAAAACUUCGGAGACAGAGUGAAGUGGUGGAUCACGUUCAACGCGCCGGACGUCUUCACCGGUGGCUACGCCACCUCUGGUGGUCAGGCGCCCUCGCAGAACGCGUCUGGCAUCGGCGACUACCUGGCCUCCCACACCGUGAUCAGGGCCCAUGGACUCGUCUAUCGCCUCUACGACGAACAGUACAGGGCAACACAGAACGGCAGCGUAGGAAUCACGUUGACUGUUUCGGGAAGAGAACCAGCUUCAAACUCGACAGAAGAUUUGGAAGCUGUAGAGAGAAGGCUUCAGUUCGAUGUUGGACUCUACGCACACCCCAUCUUCAGCCAAGAUGGGGAUUACCCGACCGUUGUGCGUCAGAGGGUAGACGCCAACAGUGCAGCAGAGGGACGGCCCCGCUCACGGUUGCCAACAUUCACUCAGGAAGAGCUUGCAUACCUCAGAGGUUCCUCUGACUUUCUCGGUGUGAACCAUUACUACACAACCGUCGUGACAUCAGGUGAAAAUGGGCCGUUUCCGUCCAAGAGAAGAGACUCGAACGUCGUCAGUGUCAGUACUGAGCAAUUUCCUUGGGCAUUUCGCAACGUACUGAACUGGAUUGCCAAUGAAUAUCCAGGAUAUCCUAUCAUUGUGACCGAAAACGGCUUGGGAAAUGAUGGUGGUCUCAAUGACACUGAUAGAAUGGAUUACUUGACGUCUUACUUGACGGCGCUUCUGCAAGCUGUCAACACUGAUGGCGUUCCAGUGAUUGGCUACAAUGUUUGGAGUCUCAUGGACAAUCUAGAAUGGAGCAGUGGUUUCACUAUGGAAAGUCCGCAGAAUGAAUACACUACCCAGGUGCUAACUCUGUUGGCAGGACUGUUCGCUGCUGCUGCGGCACAGACGGCAGUAAACCAGUUCCCGGAAGGUUUCCUGCUAGGGACCGCCACUGCGUCUUACCAGAUCGAAGGGGCUUGGAAUGAGGAUGGCAAGGGCGAGAACAUCUGGGACCACAUGCUACACGAACACCCAGAGUACGGCACCAAUGGCGACAACGGCGACGUGGCCUGCGAUUCGUACCACAAGUACCAGGAGGACGUGCAGAUGCUGAAGGCGCUCAACGCGGGCGUGUACCGCUUCUCCGUCUCUUGGGCACGCAUCCUGCCCACUGGAGACCUUGACGUCAUCAACCAGCCAGGCAUCGACUACUACAACAACCUCAUCAACGAGCUGCUCGCGAACGGAAUACAGCCCAUGGUGACGAUGUAUCACUGGGACCUACCACAAGCACUGCAAUACAUCGGCGGAUGGCCAAACCCGCUCCUUGCCGACUAUUUCGUGGAGUACGCUAGGGUGCUGUUUGACAACUUUGGCGACAGAGUGAAAUGGUGGAUCACGUUCAACGAGCCGGCAGUCUUCACCGGUGGCUACGCCUCUUCUGGCGGUCAGGCGCCCUCGCAGAACGCGUCUGGCAUCGGCGACUACCUGGCCUCCCACACCGUGAUCAGGGCCCAUGGACUCGUCUAUCGCCUGUACGACGAACAGUACAGGGCCACGCAAAAUGGUAGCGUAGGAAUCACGCUGAGUAUCGGGGGAAGUGAACCGGCAUCAAAUUCGACAGAAGACUUGGAAGCCGCAGACAGACAGCUACAGUUUGAUGCUGGACUCUACGCACAUCCCAUCUACAGUCAAGACGGCGACUACCCAGCUGUAGUGCGUCAGAGGGUAGAUGCAAACAGUGCAGCAGAGGGGCGACCCCGAUCACGGUUGCCAACUUUCACUCAAGAGGAGAUCGCAUACAUCAGGGGUUCAUCCGACUUCUUUGGAGUGAAUCAUUAUUUCACGAGUAUCGUAACGUCAGGUGAAGCUGGAAUAUCCCCAUCCAAGAGCAGAGACUCGGGCGUCAUCAGUGUCGGCGGUGGGCAAUACCCAUGGGGAUUCCGCAACCUGCUGAACUGGAUCGCUAACGAAUACCCAGGUUAUCCAAUCAUUGUGACAGAAAACGGCCUGGGAAAUUCUGGUGGCCUCAAUGACACCGACAGAAUCGAUUACUAUACGUCUUACUUAACGGCUCUUCUACAAGCUGCCAACACAGACGGCAUACCAGUAAUCGGCUACACUGCAUGGAGUCUUAUGGACAACCUGGAAUGGAACAGUGGAUUCACAGUAAAAUUCGGGCUGUACGAGGUGGAUUUCGACAGCCCGAACAGAACGAGGACGCCGAAGGCUUCUGCAGGUGUCAUAUCGCAGAUCUACGAGAGCAGAGAGGUGCCUCAAGAGUACUUCCGCUACAGUCUUGUCUGAACUUUUUGCUACCACUUUACGUGACUG